GUGCGUUAGGUAUGCUUUUCAGGUCGGAUGUGCGAGGGACUCCGGUCCUUGUAAUGUACGCCUGUCUGAUUGUGUUAGGAUUGAACUUAAAUUUGAUACGAGCAAAGUCUAUUGCCAAGCAGUGUAGUACGCUCUAGGACUGGAGAAGGGAAGGAAGGGCAGGGAAUUACUCUUACAGUUAUCAGACUACUUUGAAGAUGGAGAGAGUGGUUGUAGGUUUGCUACUGGUGUGCCUUGUUGUCGUCCAGGGUUCCCCUGUGUUGGAGCGUCAGGAGAGAGGUGCUGGGAGAAAAGCCAAGGCAUGCACAUGGACAUUUGGUGACUGUGUGCCAGAAAAUGGAAACUGUGGCCAAGGAACCAGGAUUGGCACCAAAUCUGGAGAGGGGUGCCGUGUGAAGCAGAAGACAUUCAGCUGUAGGAUACCAUGUCCUGGAGAGCCAGAAACAGUGGAACCUCAAGGGAAAUGUCGUUACAUGAAGGGCCCUUGGAGUGAUUGCAACACCAGUAACAACAUGCAGAACAGGACUCUCACCCUGAAGAAGAGUAAAGCAGGUUGUGACCAGGUCAAACUUGAGCAGAAAAAGUGUAAAAAAGAGUGCAAGUACACCAAGGGGGAGUGGGGCAAUUGUGAUCCUGCCACUAACAUGAUGACAAGGGUUAAACAGCUCAAGAAAGGAAACAGUACCAGGUGCAAUGCCACCAUCACCCAAACUAAACCUUGCAAGAAAAACAAAAUGGAAAAGAAGAAUUGCAAAUACCUCCGUCAGGAAUGGAGUGAGUGUGAUACUAUGACCAACAGACGUACCCGGGUUUUGGUACUAAAGGAAGGGAGCUCUGCAGAAUGCGAAGAAAGAAAAGAAGUCAGCAGCAAGUGCAGAAGUAGCAGAGAAAAUAAAAAAAGCCAGAGGCAAGAGAGAAAACUUCAGCGCCAAGAAAGAAAAAAGCAGAAGCAGGAAAAAAAGAAACUAAAAAAGGAAAGAAAAAGACUAAGGCAGGAGCAAAAGAAACAACGUAAAGAAGACCAACAAAGAGGUUGCAAGUACAUGAAGGGAGAAUGGUCAGACUGCGAGGAUGGAAUGACCACCAGGACUGACCAGCUCAAGCCAAGAAACAACAAUAACCCUGAAUGCCCAGCAACUAGAACCAAAACAAAGAAGUGUAAGUGCAAGUACACCUGGACUUGGGACGCUCAGUGUGAUGACCACAACUUGAGGACCCGUACCAUGACUCUAGUCAUGGGCAACCCUAAUGACUGUGCUCAGACAAAGCAAGAACAGAAAUCAUGUGUAAAUAAGAGAGGACAGGAAGCCUGCAUGUAUGGUCCUUGGGGAGAGUUUAGUGAGUGUGUUAAUGGCGUAAAAACCAAGCGGAGAGAUGUGGCCCAGGGAGGCGACAGGUGCCAGGCAAAAGCUGUGAAAACAAAGAGAUGUUAGGAGACACUGAUGCCAGUCACAGAUUUAAAUAUUCACAGUAAACUUUUCUACAAAUAAUCCAAUUGAAUGUAAUACACAUGGUGGAAACUAUUGAAUUUGCCUGUUGAGGAAAUGAAUGUUGACCAUGUUUUCAAAGACAAACUGCACAAAAGAGAAGGAUUUAUACAAAUUUGGAUGUUUUCAGAAUUGAAUUUUGAUUAUGUGCAUAAUUUGAUGUUACAAAGACUGUGGUAUAUGUUACCAGUGUGUUGAAGUAUUAAUUGCAAUCCAUUUGAAUGAGGUGGGUGUUGUUACCUGGAUGAGGAUAGGUUCAAACAAUAUAUAAAUAUAAUAUUAAAUAUGUAGUAUGUAUGGCAUUUAACUUGUAACUUUAAUAUAUCCUUUACUGUACUUUUUUAAAAAUAUAAUAUCCCACUUAACAUGUCUGUAAUACUUUUCAAAAAUACUUGAAGAUUAUUUUUUCUGAGAAUCGAUCUUUAAGGAGAAUCUUGAAGUAAUUAAUCGUGUAAUUUUUAGCUGUAAUUUUUUGAUUAGCUGUUUGAGAGCCUUCUUGUAUGCAUAAACACUUUUCAUAUUUAUAAAGAAGUGCUUUAAAAUUAAUUUUACAAAAGAUUUUAAGCAGGAGAAACAAGAAUAAUUUUCAAGCAAAGUGUACAAAGUGCUUUAAACUCUUGUGCAUAGUUUGUGCUUUUGAUGGACACUGUAUGUAUUUUGUUUAUGUUUUUAAUUUCAAAUGUAGAACUGUUUUUUAAGUGAUAAAAGUCAUUUUUUAAAAUCAAAACAUCUCAUUAAAAGAUUCUUACUCUAUCAGCAUUGACUAGAUAUUUAUAUCCUUCACAUUUUAUCUGCCAUUAAUAUUUUGAGUCUCACAGUUUUUUCAAACUUAUCAUAAAGUGUCUCAUUCUCACCAAUUAUAAUUAUCCCAUUAUAGAAUUUCAUUUUUACAAUCCACCCAUUUUUGAGUUCAUACGUGUAUGGAAUUUGACUCAGUAGGGUUAUGAUGUGAACGGUAAAAUCUGUAUGUUUUGAUUUGAAUUUCUUGGAAUUCUAAUAUUUGGAAUUUAUUAGAAAGUAUACUUGUAAUAAAAAAUGCACAAAUAGCAACUUUGGGAAAGUUUUUUCUUGUUUUGAUGAACCAAUUGGUGAUAUGUGAACUAGAUGUUGAGCAUUCUUUCCUCUAACAUUGUGCCAAUAAUCUUAACUUUAGUUGUGAAUUUUGUUUAUGAAGCAAUACAGUUGUUGCCUCAAGCAAUGCAACUACUUUCUUUUUAGAAUUGUAAUAAAACAUUUCCUUU